AUGCCGCCCAAGGGGAAGCCCUUCCGCUCCGAUCCAACAGAGUCGACCUCUCCAGCCUCUGCUUCUUCCCCCACCAGGCUUUCCACCUCCACAUCGAUGGGAUCGCUGCCUCACAUCGAGGUCAAGCCGCAAAAGGCCUGCGUUCUCUGUCGCCGAUCCAAGGUCAAGUGUAUCCACGACGGAGCACCUCCAUGCAAGCGAUGCAGAGACACCAACCAGGAAGCGCAGUGCAAGUUCCGACUUCGUGCAGAUGACGAGACCUGGCGUGAACGUACCGACGACGUUCUCAGCCGGCUGGGCGAUAGCGUGGAAUGGCUUGUCCAACAGCAGCAGCAGCAACAGCAACAGAUCGAACACAGACGGUCCGACAUGAUACCUCCAAGUAGCUCUCCUAUGGCCGGACCUUCGAUGCGCAAGUCGUACCAUAAUGCUGGUCUCUACCGACCGCCACUACCUCCGACCAGAACGCCGAAUGCAAGCCAGUGGCAUGCGCAAUCGCAACCUUCUUCGGCACCGUCUGACUAUCCACCUCAUCAUUCGGACCCGAUCAGGCAUCACAAUGGCAGCUCAGGCCACGCUCGACCCUCAUCGACAACCUACCUCGGCUUCGAUGGCACUGCGGGGCUGCUCAGUCCCGGGGACUCGCAUUCUCGAUCAGCGCCUUCGCCUUCGGAUUCGUCUGCCAACUCUCACAAGCAUCAUCGCUCUUCUUCGGCGUCACAGACCUUCCGACUCCUCCACAAUCCCCAUCCGGCCCCGUCACUGCCUCCACCAGCCACGCAGUAUCCGCAAAUGGCAGGUCCCCCAGCUUUCAGCGCCUCGUCCCCGCAUCGUGUCCGGUCUGCUUCGGGACCGUUCCAAGUCUCGCAUUCAGGCCAGUCACCAUCCACUGGACGCUUGCGAUACGUGCCUGCGCUCGAAGCAGGUCAAAGUCGACCGUCUUCGAUCAUCUACGCUGCCCAACAGCCAUACAGCCACACGAGCCAGUCGAGCAAGUCACCAGCGCCGGGCAGGGGAGCCACUUCGAGCUCGCCCUAUGCCAGACCCUCGCACGUUAUCGGGCGCAGCGACCCGCGUCUCACCGUCAUCUCCAUGGGCCUGGUAUCGAUGGAUCAAGCGCGGCACCUCUUCAAGUUCUUUGCGCGAUGUCUGCAACCUCAUUGCUUCGGCUUCCCGGCGUACCCACCGAACGAGAACAUGACGCCGCUCAUCAUAGCCUGCAUCCUAAUGGUGUCGUCCAUGCACGAGCCCAAUUCUCGGCAGCUGUUCGAGCGCUUGCGUCACGAAGCCUUCUCAUCUCCUCUGCUGCUCGAUCAGCCGAUCGACCCCAACGCGCCUCUCGAUCCGGAACUAGGCAUUGGCGUGGAAGAGAUCACGGGUGCCUGCAUCGCCGCUUGCUGGCUCGGCGGUCAGACAGCCUUGUCGAUCGCUCGGUUGGCUCGCUAUUGGGCUAUCGGAUAUCUGGAGCACUUCGAGGUGAGGUCCGCACAGACGCUGGGUGAAUGGAUGACCAUCUUGCCGCCCUUCCGUCAGAUCGAUCUGGUGGGCAAGCUUCGCAUCUGGCUCAUGUCCUACAUCACCGAAGCGCAACAAGCGGUCAUCAAUGACCAGCCGAGCUUGUUCCCGGACAGCGAGCCGGCACACUACUGUCAGGGGCUGCUGAAUGCCAGCAGUCACAGCGCUGAGCUGGGCGAGGCUUUUGCGCCCAACGACGGAGUGAAGAAGGCGAACGACGUCCAGACUACACCGAACUCGAGUCAGUCGCAGUCGUCAGCGUUGCCGCCCCCGCCAAGCGACGGUACAGGAGGCAUCGGGUCGUUCACCUCCGACCGUCAGCUCGUCGCACACGCACGGAUGAUGUCCAUCCUCCUGGCAGCACAAGAUCUUCAUCGCUCUGCACGCGCCGCCGCGGCCGAUCAGACCUCGUCACGAUCCCCUCAGGACACGAAGAGAUUUGAGGCAUCUCACAUGGUGGAGCGAUGGCGAGAAUGGCUCGAGGAGCUCAACAGAUGGCGUCUGCUCACCUCGCAGCACUCCGAUCUGUCCGAUAGCUCGCUCGAGUCGAUCGACCUCUCGCUGCUCUACCAUCUCUCUCGCACGUUCCUGGCCUCCCAUCCGCUGGACCCCGAGCUUGGCAUCCUCGACGAAACACAACAUGCACUCCGUGCAGCAUCGAAUGCCAAUCCGCCCGACUUUUCGCGUCUUGCCGUCGCCCAGCUGCGCACCAUCUCGACGGCCAAGCAUUCGGCGCUAUUCGCGCUCAAGCUCGCGACCGACGAGUUCGGGGAGAAGCUCUCGUACCUACCGCAGUUCUACCACUGGCUGCUGGGACACGCGGCUGGUUUGCUUCUGCUCCUCGUUCAACGGCGGGAAGUGUUCCUGAUGGCGAAAGAAGCAGAAUCGCUGCUGGAGGUGACGGAGAAAUUUGUCCAGCUGUACGUGUUUCGUAUCACCAGCCACUCGUUUCACUCGGCUACAAGCGAGUCGGGUGUGCCUCGCGAACGCAGCGGCAUCAAGCGGUCCGCGUCGGACGCAGAUCUCCGCGAUGGACUUGGGGAGGAACGACGAAAGGGUGCUGAUGGAGACCCGCUGAACUUUCAGUGGCCGUUCAUGUCUGGGUUCCCAACGUCGGCUCAACCGGCAGCGGCCGCGGUUGGGAACUCAUCUGCGGAGGGCGCAGCAGGCAUUCCCACCCCUCCCAAUCCCAUCCUUCAGCAGCAGCUCAAUCACGGCAAUCCUGCGGAAAAGCAUCCUGCGCUCGCCAAUGCCCAGGCUCUCGCCCGCGCACUCUAUUUGGUCAAGAUGCAGGUCCACUCACUCGAUGUACAAUUCUAA